UCUCUUUUGCGUUGUCUUAUAACAGACUGCAUUUAGCCUGUUCCAUUGAUUUUACAAGAUGCCUCAUGGUGGACAUCGUGCGGGAUGCCUUUCCAGCCCGCCCAACAGUGGUGCUACUGUCAGCGCCGGGAGAGGUUGUCCCUACCUAGGCAGAAGGAACCCGGCAGUCCAGCGACUGACCCCGACAAGCUCUCCUGUCGCGAACCACCAGCUGUGUCAGGUCUCAGUCUAGCCACACUCGCUAGCCAGACGAAACAGGACAAAUACAAUGACCGCACGUGGCCUCCGAUUGGUAUCACGCGGCAAAGAGGCCGGCAGUCGUCGACGACCGAAUCUCGAUGGCCGAACCUAACUCCCGAUAACACACAGCGACAAGGGCAUUCAUUAUAUAUCUCGAGUCACGGACUUCGGCACAUUGUCAUCGCGCCGUCUCCGCUGACAAAGCUUUUGUCGCGCGCGGGGACUUCUGCCACCGCCGGGGAGAUAGGCGCAGUGCAAUCAAUGGAACCCGGGCCAAAGUGUCAAAGGCGUGUUGACCACGACAGAUUGUCAAGCAAACCAACGACGUUCGAAGUCCACAGCUUGAAUGAUCGCCCCUGCUUUGGAUUGUCCUUGCUUUGGAUCGUCAUGCGGUCGACCCGGGCUCUUACAUGCUACAGCUAUAAUAUUAAACAUUGGCUACGAUAUUGCUUAAAGUCGGGGUACAGGCUGGGGUAAUCGGCCUCCCCCCGGCGACAAGUCCGGCGGGGACAUUACGAUCUGGUUACGGCCGACUACAACAGUAGAUAGUGGACAGUGACAGUGACAGUAGGCAGUGGACAGUAGACAGACUGCCCUCGAUCGCGCCGUCUCAACAUAUUCCAAAGGAAGAAAGACGAGGAAAGGUUAAAUAUCGUCACUUCGCAUCAUCGAGGGGGAAAAGCUUAUGACUGAGUUCCGGCACGUAAACCAGACAGUCGCCCACCCACGCCACCAAAGACCCUACUGACUGACUGACACCCAACUCUUCCUAACUCCCCCCUCCUCCCUCACCAUUUUGUCUCGCGGUAUUGCUUACUUGCUUGUCUGGAAAAUAUCACACAUCGGAUUUUCUCCCCCAGCACGAACCAAACACAGUAAUCAAAGCCCGCACCGCUUGCAUCCCCCCCCCCCCCCCCAGACCGACUGAUUGCGCGAGAUGGCCGGCCACUUCCGCGGCUCGUUCGCCGACCCACCCGCCAAAUCCUUCCCGGACCGGCCCCAGUUCUCCGGCUUCAUGAAGCCGUGCCGCUUCGAGGGCGAGGUCCGUAACCUGGAGAUCGUCGGCACCGUCCCCGCCGAGCUGGACGGCGCCUUUUACCGGGUGAUGCCCGACCCCCAGUUCCCGCCCUUUAUCGAGGACGACCCCUGGUUCAACGGCGACGGCAACGUCUCGGCCUUCCGCUUCCACAACGGCAACGUCGACUUCCAGCAAAAGUUCGUCCGCACCGAAAAGUUUGUCAGAGAAAGAGAGGCAAACCGCGCUCUCGGAGGCGCUUACCGCAACAGGUACACCGACGCCGUCGAGUUCAAGGUGCGCACCACGGCCAACACGAACGUCUACUACUUCAACGGGUCCCUCCUCGCCAUCAAGGAGGACGCGCCCCCUUACCGCCUCGACCCCAACACCCUCGAGACCCUCGGCCUGUGCGACUUUGACGGCCAGCUGCCCAGCUGCACCUUCACCGCCCACCCCAAGAUGGACCCCGUCACCGGCGAGCUCGUAUGCUUCGGCUACGAGGCCAAGGGCGACGGCACCCCGGACGUGUGCUACUUCAGCAUCGGCCCGGACGGCAAGUUCCUCGAGACCGUCUGGCUCGUGGCGCCCGUGGUCGGUAUGAUUCACGAUUUUGCCAUCACCGACAACUGGGUCCUGUUCCCCAUGAUCCCUCAGAUCUGCGACCUUGAGAGGUUGAAGGCCGGUGGCGAGCACUGGCAAUGGGACCCCAACGUGCCCUUCUACCUCGGCGUCCUGCCCCGACACGGGGCCAAAGGAAGCGAUGUCAAGUGGCUCCGCGCCCCAAACGCCUUCCCCGGCCACACCACCAACGCCUACGAGACCCCCUCGGGCACCGUCGUCUUCGACCUGCCCCUGACGGACAAGAACGUCUUCUUCUGGUGGCCCGACGCCGAGGGCAACGCCCCGGACCCGCACGACAUCCGCGCGCGCUACGUCCGCUUCGAGUUCGACCCCCGCGCGGGCGCGGACGCGGACGCGGACACCCCGGCCUCCCUCGACCUGCCCGCGCCGACGACGCUCCUCCGCCACGACAUGGAGUUCCCGCGCAUCGACGAGCGCGUCCUCUCCAAGCCCCACCGCCACAGCUUCUUCGACAUGAUGGACCCAGCCCUCGGCACCGACUUUGCCGCCAUCGCCCCCGUCCUCGGCGGCGGCCACCCGCUCUACAACGCCCUUGGCCACCUCGACCACCACCACCGUCGUGACGAUGACGAUGGCGCCGAGGAGGCGGGGAAUAAAGGGCUAGAGGUCUACUUCCCGGGCCCCCGGCACAUGGUCCAGGAGCCCGUCUUCGUGCCGCGCUCCGCCGACGCCGCCGAGGGCGACGGCUUCGUGAUCGCGCUCGUCAACAACUACGGCACCAUGUCGAGCGAACUGCACGUCGUCGACACGAGGCGCUUCUCCGAGCCGGCCGCUGUGGUCAAGGUCCCCAUGAGAUUGCGGGCCGGGCUGCACGGGAACUGGGUGGACGCGAAGGAGCUGUCAUGAUGUUGUCACCCCCUCCAUCCCCCGUUUUGUCCGAGGGGUUGGUGCCUUUUUUUUU